AAAUGUCGAAGGAGAAGAGAAAAUCUCGUUCUUCUAACAGGAAUUUAGUAGUGAAUGCAUGUACAAAAGUAAUCAGUAACCAUCCUGGACACCUCACCAACUCCCAGCGAACAAUUUCUACAAAUGGACUGUCAAAUUCAUACACUGAAUACAGUGAAUCAUACAGCCCAGAAAAGUACGGGACAAGAGGGAACACAAUUGGUAGCAGUUUAAAGAAGAGUGUCAGUUUCAGUGAUGAAGAAGUAGAAAAAGUAAAAGGCCCAAAAUUCAAUUCAACAGCAGAAGAUGCUUUAGAUGCAGAAGUGGCCAACUCAUUUUUGAAUACUGAUGAAACACAACUUCAAGAGGAGCUUCAGAAGAUUAUGAAUGGCAGCACAUUGGGUUAUGAUUUUGAUGAUAAAUUAAAGACAGGAAAGUCUGAUCUGCAGUGGUUUGUGAAUCCUGUGCAUAAAAAUAGACUUGAUUUUCCGAUGCACCAGACUGCAAGUACGCCAGAACGAUCAGCAUCCCCAUUGAAUCGCUCAUCAGGGAAUCUUGGUGCGGCUAUUGCAGCAAAGCACAUUGCAAGAGAAAGAUUGAAGACCCCACCAACUAGUAAUACUUCUAAUCUAAUGGAUGAAGUCCAGAUGAGAAGGUUGGACCGCUGUGCUGAGGAAUUUUUCCCUGUUACCCUUGGUGCUUCUUUCUCUGUAAGGGCUUCCCUAGCAAGUCCUCCUCCAAAGUCCAAGACAGUGUCCCCACCAGCGAAGGGUUUACCUUCCCCUGGAGAACCAUGGAGACCCAUCAGCCCAAGGAAGAAGAGGCCCAAGUCUCCAACAAGGGAGGACGUUGAUAGGAUGUAUUUGAUGAGCUCUGUGGCACCAACUAUAGGAUCUUCAACUGUUCUCCUCACCACACCGUAUCAGCAUGACCUAGCCAGGUUGAGGAUGGAGAGGUUACGCAUCGAAGAACAACAGAUGUUGGAGGUGAAACGAAUACAGGAAUUGGAGAGAAUCAGGGGACCUGUGCCAAAAUGGUAUGAGCUCAAAACUCCAGACUUUCACUACGAGGCUCACAAAAAUACAGAACUGAUGAAAAGCAGUGAUUGUUGGCAGGAUCUAAUGGACUAUCGAAAGGAUCUAAUGAAAGCAUCGCAGGAAUACAAGAAGACUUAUCUCACACAAUAGACAGUGUAUUACCAGAUGUAGAUAAUUUAGUGUAUUAUCAGAUACAAUAGACAAUAGGGUAGUCUGUAUUGUGUCGAGACCUUAUGGACUGUCCUUCAGUAUUUUGUAACAUCCUAUAUGCAUUACUUACAAUCCACCAUAUCUACAUGAACUUGACAAUGAUUUAUUUUUACAUUUAUUACAUAUUGUGUACUCUUACUUUCUGGAUAAAUCUGUAUUUGAGUUUUUGUGAAACUGUUUUUGAUAAUCUGUCAUGAAGUCAUGUAGAAGUACAUGUCGCCAACAGACUCAAGUACAAUUUACUUGCAAUGAUGUGAGACAAGCAGCAGGUGUGUUAAUGUUUGGUAUAUUUGCAAGAAUAUCCUGAAACUAUGAAUAAUGGGAAUAGUUUAAUGAGAAUAUUGUAGGUAACUUAUCAGAAGUAGAUCUGAAGGCAUGGUAGUGAUAGAAUAUGGCAACCUGUAGGUUAUAGGAAGCAUGUCAAAUAUUGACUGUGAUAUUUUUUAUAUUUCAAUAAAACUACAAAACUUUAUAAACAGUAUUUG